UUCCUCCGGUCCCUCGCCUCCUCUCUCUUCCUUUCCCUCUCCAGAAGCUCAGUCCUAGACUUCCGAGGACCUUUUACGACGUUGGGUCUGUCGGUCCCGGCGCCGGGUCCACUUUUCGGCAAAGUGACGUGGACGUCAACAGCAAUGGCGGAAGGAGAAGAGGUCCUGCCACUGCCAACGUCGGCUGGCGACGGCUGGGAAAAAGAUCUUGAAGAAGCUCUAGAAGCAGGAGGUUGUGAUCUUGAAACUUUGAGAAAUAUAAUUCAAGGGAGACCACUGCCUGCUGAUUUGAGGGCUAAAGUUUGGAAGAUUGCUUUAAAUGUUGCAGGAAAAGGAGAUAGUUUGGCAUCAUGGGAUGGUAUUUUAGACUUACCAGAACAGAACACUCUUCACAAAGAUUGUCUGGAGUUUAUUGACCAGCUUUCAGUGCCAGAAGAGAAGGCAGCAGAAGUACUUUUGGAUAUUGAAUCUGUAAUUACCUUCUAUUGUAAAUCACGUAACAUUAAAUAUAGCACGUCCCUUAGCUGGAUACAUCUACUCAAACCGUUGGUGCAUCUUCAACUGCCACGCAGCGAUUUAUACAACUGCUUUUAUGCUAUCAUGAAUAAGUACAUUCCCAGGGAUUGUUCCCUGAGAGGGAGACCAUUUCAUCUUUUCCGAUUACUCAUCCAAUACCAUGAGCCUGAGCUUUGUUCUUUUCUUGAUACAAAGAAAAUUACUCCUGACUCCUAUGCACUCAACUGGCUUGGAAGCCUUUUUGCCUGUUACUGUUCCAUUGAAGUCACUCAGGCAAUAUGGGAUGGAUAUCUGCAACAAGCCGAUCCAUUUUUUAUUUAUUUCUUAAUGUUAAUAAUCCUUGUUAAUGCAAAAGAAAUCAUUUUAGCGCAGGAGUCUGACAGCAAGGAAGAAGUUAUCCAAUUCUUGGAAAAUACUCCAUCGAGUUUGAAUCUAGAAGAUAUAGAGGACCUUUUCUCUCUGGCUCAGUACUAUUGCAGUAAAACACCAGCUUCAUUUAGGAAGGAUAAUCACCAUCUAUUUGGUAGUACUUUGUUGGGAAUUAAGGAUGACGAUGCAGAUCUGAGUCAGGCUCUUUGUCUGGCCAUCUCGGUGUCAGAGAUCCUUCAAGCAAAUCAGCUUCAAGGGGAAGGAGUCCGGUUCUUUGUGGUGGAUUGCCGUCCUGCAGAACAGUAUAAUGCUGGGCAUUUAUCAACUGCUUUCCACUUAGAUUCAGAUCUGAUGCUCCAGAAUCCAUCCGAGUUUGCACAGUCAGUAAAAUCCCUGCUGGAAGCACAGAAGCAGUCCAUUGAGUCCGGCUCCAUCGCUGGCGGGGAGCACCUCUGUUUCAUGGGCAGUGGCAGAGAAGAAGAAGACAUGUAUAUGAACAUGGUCCUGGCACACUUUUUACAGAAAAACAAAGAAUAUGUGAGCAUUGCCAGUGGAGGAUUUAUGGCACUGCAGCAGCACCUGGCAGACAUUAAUGUGGAUGGACCAGAAAAUGGAUAUGGCCAUUGGAUUGCUAGUACCUCAGGCUCAAGGAGCAGUAUCAGUUCUUCUGUUGAUGGUGAAUCUUCUAAUGGCUCAAAUGAUAGAGGAAUGAAAUCACUAGUAAAUAAAAUGACUGUUGCUUUGAAGACAAAAUCUGUUAAUGUCAGGGAAAAAGUUAUCAGUUUUAUUGAGAAUACAUCAACUCCUGUGGACAGAAUGUCUUUCAAUCUUCCUUGGCCAGACAGAACAUGUACCGAGCGGCAUGUGAGCAGCAGUGACAGAGUGGGCAAGCCUUACCGUGGUGUAAAGCCUGUUUUCAGCAUUGGGGAUGAAGAAGAAUACGACACAGAAAAAAAAAGAAACAAGCAAGAGAAAGAGAACUCUACCAUCUUUGCCUUCAAGAUAGAUGAAAUCGACAGUUCUUCAAUGUCAGAUGAUGAUAGAAAAGAGGUUGUGAACAUUCAGACUUGGAUAAACAAGCCAGACAUCAAGCAUCAUUUUCCUUGUAAAGAAGUGAAAGAAAGUGGACACAUGUUUCCUAGUCAUCUGUUGGUUACUGCAACACAUAUGUACUGUUUAAGGGAGAUUCUUUCACGGAAAGGAUUGGCUUAUAUACAGUCUCGACAAGCACUAAAUUCUGUAGUUAAAAUAACAUCCAAAAAAAAACAUCCUGAGCUAAUUACCUUCAAGUAUGGAAACAGCAGCACUUCAGGAAUAGAAAUCUUGGCAAUCGAAAGGUAUUUGAUUCCAAAUGCAGGAGAUGCUACCAAAGCCAUAAAACAACAGAUCAUGAAAGUUUUGGAUGCUUUGGAAAGUUAAUAUAAAAGAAAAUUAUUUCAAAAGAAAUUAAGGCAACCAAGAGAAAUACGGACAUAUUUUCCUGACUGAAUACUAACCGGAGACUUUCAUUUGCUUAUGGGGUGCUUGAAUAGCAAGUCUAAGAAAGUGUAAAUUAUUAUAAUCAAUCUCUGGACAGUUAAAUUUUUUUUAAAAUUUUCCUUUGCAUUUUCGGUUUCUUAAAAUGAUUUCUUAUAAAGGUCAGUUAUUAAAUGACUUUGAAGUAACCGACCCUGUGCCCUUAUGAACUAAGGGUGCAGAAUGCAGUUCUGUUUUGAAGAGCUGUUUUAAGGGAACAUGCAUCAGUUUCAGAUUUGAAAACAGCCAUACACAUAUAUGUAUUUGCAAUGUCUUCACUGAAAAUUAGUGAUAGAAUUCGUUAAAGAGACCCUUUUAAUUGCUACAUUUAGAUUUACCCAGUGAGCAGUAUCAGAAACUAAAAAGUAUUACAUAGAUUAAUAAUUAGCUUGCUGUUUCUGUUCUUACAAAGAGUGAAAUCUUUUUAAUGAAAUGGGUGAAGAUUCCAGGCAACUCAAAUGCAGACCAGCUAGUGAAAUGUUGAAACAACAGUUUCUAACUCAUCUUUGCACCAUUAGCUAAUAAUUUGAACACUGAGUUACAUAAACUUCAUCCUAAUUGUUUCUAAGGAGCAGUUAAAAGCAUUAUAAUAAGUAGGUAGGCAUGUUAAGAUUAAAAUUAACACUUGGAGGACAGAAUUGUAUCUUUAAAAAUGUCAUUGGUCUUUGUUACGAGAUGAAUAUUUGAUUUAGGAUGUUUCAGAACAGGUGUUGAGCACACAUGGAUUUAUCCUCGGUGAGAUUAUGUCUGUGACCACACUAAUAUCCACUUAAAGAAAAGCCAGAUGAUCAGAGAGCUGUAUAAACCCAUUUUUAUCAUCACUUUCUGAAAUUUUUCUCUCCUUUUGGUUUUUGUUCUCUUAACUAAAGUUCCAGUGGUUUGAAAUGAUUUUUGUUCUCUUAAUAUAACAAAACUGAAAAGUGGUCUGCUUUACUUUGCAGCUUUCUCAGUUUAAUUCAUUCAUUGAGGUGAUCCAUUCAUCACCAAACUAGACACAUUUGGUGAAAGAAAUCCAGGAACACGUUUGGGGCCAUGGAAUGACUGCUUAUAACAUCUAUUUGGAAAGUAGCAAAUCCUCACAACCUUCCAUGUCCUAAAAUGUAAUGGAUUAUCUCUAAGGGGUUGAUAGGAGAAAUAUUUAAAUGUAUCCUGUUUACAGCCAGAUAUUUUAAUUUACUUAAGGGAAAUCAAGUGAAUAAAAGGUAACAUAGUUCAAGAUAUUUUAUUCUAAUAUCUAAAUAAAGACAGUUUAUUUGAAUGGUUGAAGACAUUUGCAUGAAAUUGCACCUGUUGCAAUACUUGAUAUUUAUAACUCUCCCCACAACUGUUGUACUGCAUUUUUCCCCUUCUUUUGGUGCCCCUUUUAGAAAUGUCCCAAAGUCUCAUUUCUUGCCCAUUUCAGCCAUGGGACUUUUUUCAUAAUAUUAAUGUAAAGAUGUUUGUGUUACUCUUUAUAAAUUACAGUUGUAAAUAAAUCAGUACAGUUUGCUCAAAACUUUGUUCUUAAUGACAGU